CCUGCUCAUGAGUUUGUCGACGUCCAAAACUAAUUAAGUCAACUCGAUUCGGUUUUAACUUGGGAGACGCACCUUUUGCUUUGAGUGAACCUUCACGCUACUUUCCGCUCGCCCGUCUGUCCAAACAGGUUUGAACUUUGAGGAGCACACAUCUGUCGGAAGAACAGGAAACUUUACAACUCACCUUCGUGUAUGAGGAGCAGAUCGAAGGAGGACUUUCAACAAACUCGUUUUCAUACUAUGAAGAUGUGGAUUGCUCUUGUGCUUGCCGCCCUCGCGGUUGGAGCUUCGGCCCAAAGCUGUUCAUGUAACACAAUGAAGUGGGCCACCUGUGAUGGAAAUCCUUGUGAGUGUUAUGUCAAUGCUGGUGGUCAAAUGAAACACAAGCUUGACUGCUCUUCAUUGAUACCCAAGUGCUUCUUGAUGAAAGUUGAGAUGUUCAGAGCCGAAAAAGAACGUGCCUUUGGAGGAAAGCCUGUCGAGACCGCCUUUGUGGACAAUGACGGCAUCUACGACCCAGAGUGUGAGAACGAUGGCAAAUUCAAGGCCAAGCAGUGCAACAACACAGAGGAGUGUUGGUGCGUCAACAGCGCCGGUGUUCGACGUACAGACAAGGGAGACAAGAACCUCAAGUGUGAGAAGCUGGUUGAGACCUACUGGGUCCGCCUUCAGCUGACGCACAAACCGGUGACAGGUCCUGUGGAUGCUAAUAAAUUGAAGGUGGCUAUUACCGAUGCUAUCAACAAGCGUUAUGCCAACUUUAACAAGGGCAUGAUCAAAGAGAUCGAGUAUGACCCCGACGCCCGCAUGAUUGUGGUGGAUGUGAUGAAGCCCAAGGGAGAGCGCAAGAGCGAUCUGGCCACCAUGGCCUACUACAUGGAGAAAGAUGUGAAAGUACUGCCGCUGUUCAAGAACCAGGAGAAAUUUGAGCCCCUUGUGGGCACCCAGAGAAUGGAGAUGGAGAACAUUUUGGUGUAUUAUGUGGAUGAGGAGGCCCCAACAUUCACCAUGAAGCAUCUUACGGGUGGAAUCAUUGCUGUCAUCGUGGUGGUCGUGCUGGCUGUGGUGGCCGGCCUGCUCCUACUGUUUUUCCUCAGAAGGCGACAGAGUCAGAAGUACAACAAAGCUCAUCAAAGAGAGAUGGGUCCCAUGUAAAUUCUUCAUCGCUGCACCAGGCCACAGUCCUCAUCGGAUGCACAUACUUGCAGUGUGCCAUACCCCGUUCUCCGAGGAAGACAAAUUU